AGUAAUUUAUAAGAUUAAUAUUAGUUUGAAUAUUAUUGUUAUUAUUCAAUACUACCUACUAUGGAAGAUAUUACUAGAGAUGAAAUUUAUAAUUUUAAAUCUUCAUCUUCUAUAAGCACAAAUCAUAACAGUCGACCAAGAAGUACAUACAUAAAUUAAAAGAAUGCAACAAGGCUAUUUAAAAAUCAUCAAUCUAGAUCAGUCUCUCCUAAUAAUUUUGAGCCUAUUUAUUUGGAACAUAAGUUUAUUGAUAACAAAUAAUCAAACUUAAAAAAAAGGAAUUUAUCAAAUAUCUAGAUCAACAUUGAUAAAAAAUAAGAUUUAAGCACUGAAUUGCGUUAAUCCUAUGGCAGCCAAUAAGAAAUACAGUAGAUGAAAAGACCAAAAUCUACAAAUUAAUAAGCUAGAAUUAUUUAAUCAGGAGUUAGCAUAUUAAAAACAACUGAUAGCAAGUAGAAUAAUUAAAAAUUAAAUGAUUUUAGUUAUACAGCUAAAGAUCAGCAGUCUACUAACAAUAGUUAUUAUAAUCAAUUUUAUAAUGUUAGUAAAUUAUUGAAUAAAAGCGAUAAUCUACUUGAUACAAGCUCUAUCCUCGAUUUCAAUAGCAGCAGCACAAAAAAUAUGUAAAAAAAUUUCUAAACAGAAGGAUCAGCACAAAAGAACAACUAUUUUGAUAAAGCAUAAGAAAUUCGAUAAGAUGAUAGCUUCUUUACAAAAGAAGAUUUUGAUAGUAGUAAAAUUUUAUCUGAAAAUUAUUAAAAAUCUAAUUAUGAGCAGCGAAGCUAAUAUAAAAAACUUUUACCAAGCUAAUCUAAUAAGAAAAACAAUAGAAAGAUUAUUAUAUCUAACAGUAGAGAUCAAAUAAACUCUAUUUAAGAAGAGGCAAAAACUGCCGAAUCACAUUUAAGUCAUUAAGAACAGUCAAAACCAAAAUUAACAAAUUUAGAAAAUCAAAGCAAUAAAAAAGAACAGAAAGAAAAUAUUUAAGAAGAUGAAAAUAAGAAAACUCAUACUAAAAUGGAGUUUUUUGAUGAAAAUGAAGUUAAAAAUAUUUCUUAUUAUAUUGGGAACAUGGAUUAUGAGGAUUUUAAGGUAUAUACAGAGGCUCAGCUAUUGUCAAGAAUGGAUAAGGAAUCUCUCAUUAUAAGAUUACAAAUACUAGAGCAAGAAAAUAAAGAAAUAAAAUGCCAUAACCUUCAUCUCUCCUCUAAAUUUAAAGAAAUGUUAAAUGAAUAUGCAAAAUUUAAAGACUAUCAUGAUAAUCUAGAUAGAAAAAGUUUAUACUAAAAGCAUGUUUAAAAACUAGCAGAUUUGUCUAAAUUGUGCCAUAAUUAAACUGAAAUUAUAUUGUAGAAGAAUAAUAAAAUAGCUGAAUUAGAGUAAAUUAUUGUUAAAAAAGACUAAGAAAUUGAUAGUUUAAAUUUUUAAAUUGCAAAUUAUGAUACAUAGAAAUAAUAAGAUCUUUUGGAAAUAGAUAAUUAAUAUAAGUAAUAGAUCAAAGAUUUUAUAGAGAGAGUAGAUUAUUUAAACAAAGAAAACAGGAAGAUUGUUUUACUUGAGAAAACAAUUAAAGAUUUGAUGGAUAAAAUUUAAGAGGAUACUAAAAAAUACCUUAAUGCACUAGAUAAAUCAGAAGAAAGAUAUAAAGCAUUAUCAAGCAAACAGACAGAAAAAGAAAGGGAAAUUUAUGGGCUAAAAGAGAACAUAAAAUAAUUGGAAAGUUAAAUUAAAUAUAUCUAAGAAUAAAAUUUAAAUAGUAUUUAAGAUAAAUGUAGUGAUUAUGAAAGAUAGUUGUAAUAAAAAGAGCUCGAUUUACACUAAUUGAACCUUAAGUAUUAAAAAUAAGAAAGUUAGUAUGUUUAAGAUAUUAAAGAACUACAAGAAACCAUUUCGAACUUGAGAAGUCAAAUCUCUGGCCAAGAAUAAAACUUUUAAGAGAGAGAAUAGGGUUUAAGAAAUUAAAUAUAAUCAAUACGAGAAUAAUUCGAUGGAUAUAAAGUAGAUACAAUUAAUUAAACAGCAGAAUUAAUCAAAAAAAUAGAAAGCUUAGAGAGAUUUUUAGAAGAAAAAAAGCAGAUUAUUGAAACAAAGUUAAAGGAAAUAUCUUAAAAAAGUAAUAGAAUUGUCGAACUUUAAAAAUAGCUAGAGCAGCAAGCUUUGUCUAAACAGAAAAUGAAAGAAGAACACGAAAAAGAAAUGAAUAAACUAUUCCAAACAAAGCAAGAUGAAAAUAAAUCUCUUACUUUUAAAUUCAAAGAGCUUAAGCUAUACUAUGAAGUAGAAAUAGAAAAAAUAAAGAAAGAAUAUGAUGAUCGAGUAAAAGAAUGCUCAUCUAGUGCAAAUGAUGCAAAAAGACAGUACUAAGCCAUGAAAAAUAAUUACAACCAAGAAAUGGAGGGUAAAGAAACUGAGAUCGAAUUCCUUAAAAAUAAAUUAUAUGAAGAAAAGUAAAAAAUAAAAGAUUAGCUAGAAAGUCAGUACAAAGAUAUGAUAAAAGAUAUGCAAAAAAGAAUCUCAUUUUUGUAGAAUGAAUUAGAUGAACAAAAGAUAGAAAUUGAAGCUACUAUAUGUGAAGAUUUAGCUGUGUAUAAUAGAUAAUCGAAAUUUUGGAAAAAGAGCAGACAGAUAAGAGAAGAAAAGUAUUCUUAUAAAUCAAUUAAUAGUGAAGAAUCUAACAAUAAAGAAGCUACACCUUUAAAAAAAAAAAUUCCCAUAUCUGCUAAAACAAUACAAAAUUAAUAAGUAAAUUAUGCAGAUGCUUUAAAAGUUAGAUUUUAGGUUAUUGCCAGAUGUGCUGCAGCUUUUGAAUAGUAACAAAAUAAAAUAGAUAAUUUAAGAGCUUAGUUAGAUACAUAAUAAAAGAGAGCUAAUGCUUUAUUAAAAUAACAAUACAUUGGAGGCUCUGCUAUAGAAUCAUAGAACAUUUAGCUAAAUGAUACUUAAACAUUUAAAAAAGAUUAUGACAAUUUGAACUAAAUAAUGAAUGAGUAAUUUCAAAAAGAUAUUUACUUAGAUGAAAACGAUUUAAAAGAUUUAUAGCUUGCUAAAUAGGUAAAAGAAUUAAGAGAAUAACUUUAUUCUCAAAAACUUAAAAAUUAAGAAUUAUAAGACCAGUUCAUAAAAAAAGAAUACGAAUUAAAUGAAUAGCAUAAACUAGAAAAGAAAAAUUUAUAAAAAGAGUUUGAUUCUAUAAAUUAAAUAAAAAUAUAAUAAGUUUUUGAAAAGGACAUUUUGAUCGAAAAAUAUGCUACAAAAAUAGCAGAAUUACAAAAAUAUGUAGAAGAAUCAGCAUAGUAACUUGAGAGUUAAGUUAAAUUUACUGAAAAAAUGAAAUAAUAAUUCCUAGAAUUAGAUUUAAAAAAUUAAAAUAUUGUGAAUAUGGUUUAAAAAGAAAAGGAAGAGUUAUGUUAGAUGUGGGAAAACAGAGAAUCUCUUCCAAAAGAUUUAAGAGAAAUAGAAAAUUUAAAUUAGAUAAUUGCAAGGCUCAAUAUUGAAAUUAAGUAGCUUAAAAACUAAAUUAUGAAUAUAAACAAUAGUAAACAUAGCACAACUUAAGGAUUAGUUUUUGAAAGCCAACUAAGAACAAGUAGUGAUUUUCCAACUAACUAAUAAAAAAUUAAUUAUGAUAUAACUGCAUUUAAAACGAAUAACAGAAAUUAAGAAAAUGAUAAGAAGAAUUAAACUAGUGAGAAUGAUAUUUCUACAAAUAAUAUGAGUAAAUCAAUAAAUAUUCCUAAAAAAGAUGUAAGGAAAGAUUAUUCAAGGCCAAGAACUAAAACUUCAAUAAAAAUUGAAUAAGAAAAUUAGGAUUACAAUUUAAAUUGA